UGACCAACCUCUCCCAUCACACACACUUGGCCAAAUAAUGUCAAAAUGUCUAAAUCUAGUGAUUCUUUGGAAAAAGGAAAAGAAAAGUGAUUUCUACUCCAUUGUGUAGAUUUUCACGCAUACUAUCUUUGUUUUUUCGGGGGGAAAAAGCCUUUAAACCCUGCGUACGCUCGGCAGCGUUGAAAUAGGUGUUUUUGUUUUGUUUUACCAGCCCAUCGCGGUACUACUGCUGUGCUAUUUGGCAAAUCGUCGAAACGCGAUAAACGACCCUGGUCGGAAGAAAACACACACGGAAGCCUACUUCGUUGGUGGUGCAGCACAACCACAGAAACGGGAAGGAUUACACAAAACCGGAACGUCCUUCCGGAAUAGUGCAAUUCCGAUUCGAUCGGUAGCUGAAGGUGGCAUCCCUGCCGGGCAUUACGUAAGGAACGAUCUCUGGUGAAUCUAGUCGUGGGAAGAGGCGGUAGGAAGCCGUAUGUGAAAGUGCCAGCUCCAGCAACCAGCAAAAACAACACCAAAGGCACUGCGAAAUCCGUGGAAUGUACGGUUUGUGAAAGUAGGUGGCAUACCUAAUCACGCCAGCGCACACCAGAACGCAUCGCCUAGCGUAGGAGAGUCCCGGAGGAAAAAACAAACACGACGCGCGAGCUGGGGCGGCGAGUGGCUGUGUCCUACGCACCCGUUUGUUAGCACAGGUGACGACACCCGUCAACGGCGUCGAGGGGAGGAUUGGACUGCGAGCGACAACCGCGAACACACACCCACACACAAACCGAAUCGCCAUGGAUAACGAUGGACUGUCGAACGAGCAGACGGAGAAGGUCCUACAGUUUCAGGACAUUACCGGGCUGGACGAUAUGAACGUGUGCCGCGACAUACUGAUCCGCCACCAGUGGGAUCUGGAGGUGGCGUUUCAGGAGCAUUUAAACAUACGCGAAGGCCGCCCGUCGGCGUACGCGACCGAAUCACGAGCGCCCGCCGUUAUCAACGAUCGCUUUCUGCAGCACGUAUUCUCCAGCGCACGGUUAAGCCCUGCCCGGGAGCCGAGCGGGGUGGGCGGCAUCAUACGGUACAUGUUUAACUACAUGGUCAACUUCUGGUACAGUGCGUUUUCCUCCGUGCUGUCCACCAUUCUGGGGCUGUUCCGCGACCAGGAAAGCAUUCCGGCCGAUCCGCUCGGCGACGUGCUGAAGUUCAUCCAGACGUACAAUGAAAAGUACCCGGAGCAUCCGGUCUUCUACCAGGGCACGUAUUCGCAGGCGCUGAACGAUGCGAAGAACGAGCUGCGCUUCCUGCUAGUGUAUCUGCAUUCCGAGUCAACGUCCGAGGCGGUUUCGUUUUGUCGCGGGGCCAUGUCUAACCCGCAGGUGAUCGAGUACGUCAACCGGCGGAUGCUGUUCUGGGCGUGCGAUAUGGCGUCGCACGAGGGAAAGCGGGUGGCGACCGCAAUUAGCGUCCGCACCCAUCCGACCCUGCUCAUCAUCGGCAUGCGGGCGAACAAGAUGAUCAUUAUGGGACGGUUAGAGGGCGACUGUUCGUCGGAGGAGCUCAUACGCCGGAUGGACACGGUGGUGAACGAUAACGAGGUGUGGUUAAAUCAGGCGCGCCAGGAUCGGCUCGAGCGCGAUCUUACACAGACGCUGCGCCAGCAGCAGGACGAAGCGUACCAGCGUUCGCUGCAGGCGGAUCAGGAGAAGCAGCGCCGGAAGCAGCAGGAGCGGGAGGAGGCGAUGCGCAUCCAGGCGGCGAUCGAGGCGGAACAGUUGGCGGAACAGCAGCGCAAGGAUGACAUCGAACGGUUAAAGCUCGAUCUGGCGGAACAAGUGCCUUCGGAGCCGGAAGUAGGUGCGCCCGACACGAUCAGCAUAGUUUUCAAACUGCCCAGCGGGUUGCGAUUAGAGAGACGAUUUCGUAAUACCGACACAAUGCGGGAUAUUUACAACUUUAUUUUCUGUCACCCGGACGCGCCCGAUUCGUUCGAAGUUACAACAAACUUCCCCAAGCGCGUGCUAGAUUGUUCCGGUGACGAGCCCGGCCAAACGCUUCUGCUGUCCGGGUUGAAAAAUCGCGAAGUACUGUUCGUGGCCGAUCUGGAGGCGUAGUGUGGUCCGGCGGGUCUGAUGCGCAAGUGUGCUGUGUGGACCGCGGACGAUUUACGAUUUACGAUGUGUAUGCUAAGGCACUGCCCGCCCGUAUUCCGGUGGCAGCGGACAUUUAUCGAUUUUUCACUCGCAGCGGGAUGGUAUCCCCAACCAUGCAAAGUGUAGCCCCACUACACAGUCCCACGGUGCGGGUUAAGCAAAGGAUACAACAAUUCCCAACCAUUUUCACCAAGUGCAUCAAGCUGUAUGUGCAAAAGUAAUUACAAAACAGCAGAAAAAACAUUUCUCCUCUUUGGUUUGUCUCCCACCCAUCUGAAGUGGUUGAGAUUUUAGGAGCGCGAGGAAAAAAGCGGGGUAGGGCCAUUCGAACGGCCAAGCUACCAAACUUGGUGGUACUUGUGAAUACUUAUUUGUUGCUUUGCAUGAAAUCUUAAAACAAAAAACUGUAAAUUUCAUUUAAAAUACAGAAGAAUAGUGUCUAUAUCGAAGGGAGGUUUUUGAUUGAUUCGACAGCUCCGGUCGUCUUGGACGACCACCCAUCAGCAUGCCCUUGUGACGCGAACGGAAGCGAAUAAAAUCGUUUAAAUUGCUUUUUUUACAACGUAAAACUAUUGCGGACACACA